AUGAAAGUUACAAAAGUGUUAAACAGUAUUUUGUGCUGUAAAUUUGAAAAAAAAAUUCCUAAAGAAUUGAUAAAAUCUGUUAAAGAUAUAUUAAAGCAUAAUGAUAAUAAAAAGAGAGAUGAAAUAAAAGAACUAUUUGAAUAUAUAUCAAAUAUUUUAAACAAAGGUUUUGAAAAAGAUGGUAUAUUAAAUGGAGGUAUAAUUUUUUUAGAUAAUGAAAAAAAAAAAAAAAUUAUUUUUAAUAAUAUAAAAAAAUUAUUUAAAACUUUAAUUUUAUUCAAAAACCAAAAUGAAUAUACAGAAUUACUUUCAGAUUUUUUGUUUCAUUUAUAUAAAUAUAUGAGAAUAUUGAAUGUGAAAAAAUGUUACAAACUUUUGAAAAAAACGAUUUUUGUACUGGAUGUUGAUAAUAAGAAAAUACAAAAUUCAAUCCAAGGGGAAAGUAAUGAAAAUGCAGAGAUAAAAAAGGAGGUAAAUACAACUGAUUUUAUUUUAAAGUUUUUAAUAAGUAGUAAUAUAUUAAUAUAUUUAGAGAAACUUAAAAAAGAGAACAAAGAAAAUCUAUGUUAUGAUGAACAUUAUUUUUUUAUUAAUUUAAAAAAUAAAAUAUUAAAUAAGAAAUAUAUACUAACACUUUGUAAUAAUAAUAAUGUUUUGAUGUGUUUUUUAAAAUAUCCCCAAUUUCCUAUAUUUAUAGACACAUUAUUUAAUUUAUUUUUUUUUGUUCGAAAUGAUUUGGAUGUAUUUUUUUUAAAAAAUAUCUUUAAAAGAAUAUCAGGCAUUGUUAAUAUAAAAAAUAAUGAAAUGCAUAAAAAAUUUACAGUAAAAAAAUAUUAUAAUUUAUUAUUUUAUGCAUAUUUUUUAUAUAAAAUAAAAAUGGUAAUAUAUAUGUAUUUAUACCCAUUGAAAUGUAAAUAUAUAUUAAAUGAUAAAAUAGAAGCACAAACAAUUAUAGACAUAUAUACAAAUAUAUUAACAGAUUAUAAAAACAUUUUAUAUUAUUGUAUAAGUAUAAUAAAUAAUAGUAAAAAAAAUAAACUUUAUAAUUUUUGUUUAGCUAUUAUGUAUAUAAUAAAUUUAAUAUAUACAAAUCAUAAUACUAUUUUAAGAGUAUUUCCUCAAAAUAAUGAAAACAUAACAUCAUUUAAAAAAUAUAAAGAUAUUUUUUUACAAUAUAAGAAAAUAUUUCAAAAAAUAUUCCAAAUAUACAAGAAUGAAGAAAACCCAGAAAAUAAAAUACGCGCAAUUAUUUGUAAUACUAACAUGCUUGGAAAAGAAGAUAACAUAAAUAAUUAUAAUAAAAAAAAAAAUGGAAUAUUAAAACAAUGUGCAACGUUAAACAUGUGUGCAAACAAAAAUAUAGAAAAAAAAGAAAUAUACAAAUUUUUAUAUCAAGAAAUUACAGAAACAGAUUAUUGCUUUACAACAUUAUUUUCUUAUUUUUAUAUUUUGACAAAAAGAAUUAUUCAAAUUUAUGAUUUUCCUAAUAUAUUAACUGAUGUUAUAUUUUAUAAAAAAUUUCUUAUAAAUAAAUUAUAUGAAAAAGAUAAAAAAACUGAAGGAAAUUUUGAUCAAGAAAAUCAUUCUAAAAUUAUUUAUAAUAACAUAUUUUUAGACAAUAUUAAAAAUACAUUAUGUCUUUAUAUUAAUAUUGACAAAAAUAUAUUAAAUUUUUAUUUUUUAAAUGAGUUUUAUAAAUUUUUAAUAAAUAAAUGUGUAAAUUAUAGGAGCUUAUAUAAUAUGCUUGUUUAUCAUAAUAAGAAUAAAUAUAACAAAAUUAAUAUUUUUCUUUUUUUUCAAAAAAUUAUAUUUAGAAAUAUUUUAAAUCAUGUAUUAUUAAUAGAUGAUAAUAAUAAUAAUAAAACACAAGAGGAAAUGCCACAGAUAAAUUUUUCGGAUAAUAAAACUGAACUUUUAAAUGAUUUGAAAAAAAAAAAUAAUAACAUGAUCUUAUCACAUAAUACAAAUAAUAAUAUUGGAUUGGUAUAUUUUUUUAAAAAAGAAAAUAAUAAAUUGUCUGGACUUAAAAUAAAUGAAUUUAAUGUAAACAGUAAAGAUAUAAAUAAUAUAGCUUCUUUAAAAACAGAAAAUUUAUUUGUUAUAUUAAAAAAUAUAGAUUUUAUAAAUUUAAGUAAUAAUAAUAGCGCAAACUUUAUAUUUGAUAAAAAUAUUAUUAACAUUCUUAUAUAUCAAUUAACAAAAGAAGGUUUAACAUUAUUUAAUAAUAUACACAUAACUAAUUUGAAAGAAAAAAAAAAUGAAGAAACAAAAGAAAUGAUAUAUCAUCAAAUUAAUAAAUUAAAAAAACAAGUUAUAAUUAUAUUUAAAAGUAUUUAUAAUUUUUCAAAUUCAAUGUUAUCCAUUUUUAACCUUGCUAAGUCAGGUAAAAAAUGUGUACUUUGCAUAAAUGAAAAAAAACAAUAUAUUUUAACAACAUAUAAUUAUUAUGAUAAAAUAAAACAUAAAAAUAAAAGAGAUGAUCAAAAAGAAUUUGUUUAUUUAAACUUUAGACAAAAAUGGGGAGGAAAAAGAAAACAUUUCAAACUUCUCAAAAAUUGUGUAAAAUUAUAUGUAAAUCUUAUUGAAAAUUCAUUUAAAAGUAAUAAAGAAAAAGAAAUUGAAAUUUUAAAUGAACUUGGUAUAUCUAUUUUGUUUGUAUUCGGCUUUCUUAUAUUUUAUAUUAUGAAUAAUAUGACUAUACAAAAUGUGCCCAAAACAAAAAUAUAUAAAUUAAAAAAAAUAUAUAAUAAUGUAUUUACAGGAAUAAAUAACAUAAAUAAAAUUAUAAACAAAAAAACUGAAGAAAAUGGAGAUCAAUGUUUUAUAACUUCACCUGAAUUACAAACAAUUUUAAUAACAUUUUCAAAAUAUUAUUAUUUUAUAAAUAAAAAACUAAAUACACAAAUUGAUAAAAAUUAUUUAUCCUUAUUUAUUAAUUAUAAUUAUUUACAAAAAAAAAAUGAAAAAAAAAAUAAGCAAACUCUACAUAUUUCAAAAAAAAUAUUUAAACAAUUAAAAAAUACAACAAUGAAUGAAAUAUUAUUUAAUACAAAUUAUUUGAAUUCAUUUGAAUCCGAAAUUGAAGAAAUAAAAAAUGAUCAGAAUAAAAAUAACGAUCUACCAAUAAGUAUAGAAAUGAAAAAUGGUUUUGAAAAUGAAGAUGAUAUUGUUAUUUCUAAUUCUACACUUUUAAAUAUAUUAACAGAAAAACCAGCUAAUGAUCAAACAAUAAAUGCUGAAAACAUAGAAAACGAAACGGGUGUUGAAAUAAAUGAAAAGAAUAAUAAACUUACUAUGGUAAAGAAGAAAGAACAUACUGAUAUAUUUUAUAACAUAAACGCUUUGUUAAUAUUAUUAAAAAUAAACACAAAAACGCAAAACCUUGAAGCAGCCAUUCAAUCUGUAUAUCUUUUGCUCAAAUCGACUAUCUUAAUAUCAAAGCGAAUUAGAGUGGUGAGCAAAAGGAUUAGCAUGCUGGGAAAGAUCGAGGAAGAUGUAGAAUCUGUAGAAAAUGAGGAAGUUGUAGAAUCUGUAGAAAAUGAGAAGGAGUAUAGAGUUAAAGUUAAAAGGGUUGGAAAUAUGUAUAUAGAAGAUAUGUUAAAUUUAGAAAAAAAAAUAAAACACUGUAUUAUUUGUUUCAAAGUAAAUAACAAAAUAGACAUGGGGGCUGAUGAUAAUGGAAAAGGUUUAAUAGAAAAAUAUGUAAUGAAAAUAUUAAUAAUAUUAAUAAAAAAUGGUAAAAAUAAUUCUGAUGUUAUAAAUUUAUGCUUAAAAUGCUUAGAUUUUUAUAAUAAUAUUGAAAAUAAAAUUUUCAAAAAAAAAAAAAAUAUUGCAAUUAAUUAUUUAUAUGAAUUUGUACAAAUAAUAAUGUUUAUAAAAAGAACAAGAAAGUAUUACUCAAAAUUUUUAAUGAAUUUUUUUAAAAGUUCAUUUAUAAAAUAUAUGAAUGGUAAUGAAAUAUUUAGUAAGCAAUAUAGUGGAAAAAAAAUAUUUCCAAUUCUUAUGCAAAAAUUUACUUCCGAUUUUUAUAUUUAUAAUUACAUAAAUAAUGAGAAAAAAAUAAAUGUAAUGAAUAUGAAGGAAAAAGAAAAUGUAUCAAAAAUAUUAUUUGAAACCAUAUUUGAAAAAAUCGGAAAAAAAAAACAAACCGAAAAUGAAAACAUAGAAGCUAAUUUUGAAAAUUAUAUCAAUUAUAUAGUGAAUAAAGAAGAAAAUAAUAAAAAUAUUUUAACCCCAUUCAAUUUAUACGAAUUAAAAAAUAUUGUACAUAAUAUUUUCAUAGAAUUAAAUUGUGUGUUAAAUCAAAAUAAUCCAUAUCUUUUUAAUAAAAAACGAAACAUAACACUUAUAUGUUUACUAAAAAAAAUAUGCCAAAUUGUAUUUAUUAAUGACCCUAAUAUUUUAUUAUUUAAAGCUCAAUUAAUUAGUAAUUAUAUUAAUGAGAUUAUCACAUUUAAAAAUAUUUUGGAUGAAAAAAUGAAUACACAACAGAUUUCUAUUAAUAUAAAUAACUUUUACAAAAAAUUAGAAAAUCUAAUUAAAUUCAUUCAAAUUAAAGAUAUAAAUAAUUCCAAAAAUAUGAAAAAUGGUAUGAAUGCUCCUCACAAUUCUACUAAAAAUAAACGCCCAAUAAAUGCUGAUAUACAUAAUGUAAAAAAGGUUAAGAUCUAG